AUCUCUCUCUCACACAGACACACAGUUGGUGAGUUGAUAAUGGGCGUGAGGAAAUGCUCCAAGUGUGGGAAAACAGGUCACAAUUCAAGAACUUGCAGGAACAAUUCAUCCAAGACAGAAGAGAAUUGUGGUCAAAUUAUGAAGCUUUUUGGUGUGGAGUUAGCAAAAGUGCCAUCUACUAACCAUGGAUUUGGGCUUUUCAAUUAUAAUAACACUGAACUGAUUUCAUCUUCCGACCAAGAUUCUGACAAACUUAAGCACGUUAGAGCACUUAAUCAAGGGCAGAGGAAAAAGGGUAUACCAUGGAGUGAAGAGGAGCAUAGGUUAUUUCUGGUUGGGCUUGAAAAGCUAGGAAAAGGGAAUUGGAGAGGAAUUUCAAGAAAUUUUGUAACCACAAGAACUUCUACACAAGUAGCUAGUCAUGCUCAAAAAUAUUUUCUUCGACGAAAUAACGCCAACAAAAAUAAAUUCACUCCUACAGUCCUCUCCAUGCAGGUGCGGCAAAAUGAAGGGCAGUUUAGCAUUUACCCAACGAAAAAAGCAUUGCCACAAUUUUGGAGAUUAUUCAAUAAUUGUGCCACUCAAAAUUCACCCUGCAGCUUGGAGCUUAGUCUCGGUGCUCCGCCGCCGCUUUGGGAACCACGCCCCAUUGUGUAUGUGCUCAAAAAAAUAUAGCCCUCAUCAUAUACAUACAUACAUACAUACGAAUAAUAUCAUAUGCAAUCAAUUUUAUUUUAAAAGUUUAUGCACAUUAUAGAUCAAACAUAUUAGUAUUAUAUAUUCAUAGGGUUCCGCCAAUCGUUUGUUUCAGAAUUUAUAUGUCAAUUUUAAUUAAAGUAUAUCAUAUUAUUUAAUUAGUUCCUAUAUUUAUAAUUAAUUAAAGUUGAUGUAUCAUUUUUCACUUUUCAUAAAUAUCCCAUGAUCCAUCACAUAUUUGUUGGGAUGUUUUUUUUUUGUUACCUCUUUGUCGUGAAAAUGGAUGAAACUUUAAAUAUCAA